AAUUGUCAUUUAUCCAGUAUAUGCUGUACACCAACUUGGAGAUGCGUCAUCACUCACCACAACAAUGGCUGCUUCUUCAUUCUACUUGCUCCACAAUCUCCUCACGCGCCGCCGUGACCCGAACUAUCCCUCCGCCGCGCUCAAAUCCAUAUUCUUUUUCAUGCCCACCACGUUAGCUCUGGCCACUUCUCUCCUCAUUGUACUCUACAUUUCUUCUACUUCUACUCUCUUCUUACCCCACCAUCUCCAAUUAACAACCUCGGCGAGUGCUUCUGUAAAUAAUGAACAGCCCACUAAGGUUUUCUCUUUUUUCCCUCCAGAAGUUGUUCGUUUCAGGAAAAUUUGGAAGAGGGAUGGUGUUCUUGGAGAGACUGAGGAUCCGAGUAAUUUCAAACUUCAUACGGGUUCUCGCGGAAUGUAUAUUAAUGACACAGAGCUGUUCCAUGACAGAGAUGUCUUCUUCGAGAACUACGAGGAGAUGAAUAGAAGCUUCAAGAUUUAUGUUUACUCACACAAACAAGAUGAUCCAUUUGCUAAUGUGCUGUUGCCUGUGGUUUUUGAGCCUGGUGGUAACUAUGCCAGUGAAAGUUACUUCAAGAAGAAUCUUGUGAAUAGUCAUUUCAUUACAAAGGACCCUUCUACUGCAGAUCUCUUCUUUUUACCCUUUUCAAUUGCAAGGUUGCGGCAUGACCCACGUGUGGGAAUUAAUGGUAUCCAAGACUUCAUAAGAGAUUAUAUUUUCAACAUUAGUCAUGAGUACCCUUAUUGGAAUCGUAGUGGAGGUGCUGAUCAUUUUUAUGUUGCCUGCCAUUCAAUUGGUCGUUCGGCUAUGGACAAAGUUGUUGAAGUUAAGCUUAACGCAAUCCAAAUUGUAUGCUCUUCAAGCUACUAUCUCUCUUCAUAUGUUGCUCACAAAGAUGCAUCCUUGCCACAAAUUUGGCCCAGACAAGUGGAUCCUCCUAAUCUUGCACAAGAAAGGUCAAAACUCGCCUUUUUUGCUGGAACAAUAAACUCACCGGUGCGCGAAAAGCUUCUCCAGGUAUGGCAAAAUGAUUCUGAAAUAUCAGUCCACUUUGGCCACCUUACAACAUCCUACUCCAAAGAGCUGCUAGGAAGCAAGUUUUGCCUUCAUGUGAAAGGUUUUGAGGUUAACACAGCCCGUAUUGGUGAUGCACUGUACUAUGGCUGCGUCCCAGUAAUAAUUGCCAACCACUAUGAUCUCCCUUUUCAGGAUAUACUGAACUGGAACAGUUUUUCUAUUGUUGUCGCCACGUUAGAUAUCCCCCUUCUGAAGAGAAUCCUCCAAGGAAUAAGCGUAGAAGAAUAUUUGAUUUUACAGAACAAUGUGUUUAAGGUGAGGAAACAUUUCCACUGGCAUCUCUUUCCUGUUGAUUAUGAUGCUUUUUACUUGGUUAUGUAUGAAUUGUGGCUUCGACGAAGUUCUUCAAGAGUAGGAUCUCAGGUUUUGUAGAUAAGCACACAUGACGUCUGUGUUCCUACUUGUUGAAAUUGUCACAACUGGUUUCUUGUAAAUCGGUGAAACUUGUAUGUAAGCAUAGCAACUCAAUUUACCAGUGUUAAUUAGUAGGGAAAAGUUUCAGAAAUAAUAAUUUGAUAUUCAACUACUAUACAUGGAUGUCGAAGCAAUCUAG